ACAUAUACACGCAGGUCCUGGCCGCUCGCUAGUGCUGCGUUCACGGAUAAGCGAUUGGAAAAAAUAAUCGCUCCCCUCUGUCGCAGAGCAGGAGCGACUCUACGUCUGCGGCGUGCCCCCUUCGGCAAUGAGGCAGCGAUUAUUAUUUUUUUAGCCCUAUCAAAGGCGAAUUUCGCUGCCCAUUCCGCAUUCCCGGCGCCAUGUUCGCCGCUGCUCGUAUUUCUAUGAGGAAAGCGUUGACGGGAAAGGAGUUUUUCCGCGUCGGGAUGGAAAUUCAGGGUGUUGGGAAAUAUUAGGGCGCGUCGGUUUUUAAUUUGGAGCCGGCUGCGGCCAUGGGCGCCCGUUUCAUAUUGGGCGCAGCGGCUGCCGGCCUUCGCCCUGCCAGGACCUGAUGCAAUCCAUUCAAGCCAACAAGUUUGGAGAGAAUGUUGAGUUCAAUCAAUUCAGAACGUCGAGAUGGAGCCCAACUCACUCAAGUGGGUCGGAUCCGCCUGCGGUCUGCAUGGACCUUACAUCUUCUAUAAAGCCUUUCAGUUCCACCUGGAGAACAGAGCCCGGAUCCUGUCGCUUGGAGACUUUUUCUUGGUCAGAUGCAAAGCCGACGAGCCCGUUUGUAUAGCGGAGCUGCAGCUCCUGUGGGAAGAGAGGACUAGCCGGCAACUUUUAUCCAGCUCCAAACUUUAUUUCCUCCCAGAAGAUACCCCCAAGGGCAGAAACAGCAACCAUGGAGAGCAUGAAGUUAUAGCCGUUUCGGAAAAGGUCAUAGUCCGCCUGGAGGACUUGGUAAAGUGGGCACACUCGGAUCUCUCAAAAUGGAACUGUGGACUCAAGGCAUUGCCUGUAGAACUCAAGGAGCUUGCCAAGAAUGGCCAGAAAGAGUCCCUGGCCAAGUACAGACAAUCAUUGCUAAACAGUGGAUUGAAUUUCAAGGACGUCUUCAAAGAAAAAGCCGAAUUAGGUGAAGGCGAAGACGACAAAAAUGUGAUGGUUUUAAGUUAUCCCCAAUAUUGCCGAUAUCGGUCUAUUCUGAAACGAAUUCAGGCAAAACCAUCGUCGGUACUAGCGGACCAAUUUGUUCAGGCCCUCGGAGGGAUUCCAGUCAUCAACAACAACACAAAGAUCCUUUAUUGUCGGGACACCUUUGACCACCCAACUUUGAUUGAAAACGAAAGCAUCUGUGAUGAAUUUGCACCGAAUCUUAAAGGCCGACCACGCAAGAAGAAGUUUGGUCCACAGAGAAGAGAGUCUGUUAAUGGUGUGAAGGAGUUGGCCGGCAUAUGUGAUGGAAAAACUGUUGCCAAGGUUAAAUGUGAAGUCAAGGCCACAUUACCCAAAACUAAAACUCCUAAUGGGAACUGCAAAAAGAUAUUGAUUGAAGAUAAACCAAAAGAUGGUGAAGAUGAUGGAUAUAAAGUAGAGGAAGGAAAGGCGGAAGAGCAGUCAUUUUUAGUGGCACUCUAUAAAUACAUGAAAGAGCGGAAAACUCCCAUUGAAAGGAUACCGUAUUUAGGCUUCAAGCAGAUUAACCUUUGGACUAUGUUUCAAGCUGCGCAAAAACUGGGAGGAUAUGAAACGAUUACUGCACGGAGGCAAUGGAAACAUAUUUAUGAUGAACUAGGAGGAAAUCCUGGAAGUACUAGCGCUGCUACAUGUACUAGGAGACAUUACGAGAGAUUAAUCCUCCCCUAUGAAAGGUUCAUUAAUGGAGAGGAAGAUAAACCGUUGCCUCUGACCAAACCUCGAAAACCCGAGAAUGGCCCUCAGGAAGUGGACAUGAAAGUGAAGAUUUGUGGGACGAAGCGCAUUAAGAAUGAACCUCAAAAGCCAAAAAAAGAAAAGGAUGCAAAGGGCUACGACAUGGCUGAGGUUCCACCAGACGAAGAGGAUCAUCUGGAAGCAGAUGAGAAAAACAUGCCUUUCGGUUACGAUUCAGAGGAGACAAAGACAUCUGUAGACAAGUCUGAGUCAGUGGUCUCUGAAGUCAAGUAUCCCUCACUCUCGGAAAAUGAUGAGCUGGAAGAAACCAUUGCUAACCAAGACCAUGUGACACAGGAUGAAGAUUCAUGUCAAGACGCUGAUCCUGUUGAUUCACUGAUUUGUGUUAAAGAGAUUGACUCCAGGCAAACGGACGAGCGGCUACAAAUGCCUAAUGAAACCAUGACAAUAACAAAACAAGAGCAAAUCAAACCGGAUUAUUCCGAUCACUUGGAAGAUGACGCCGAGGAUGUUCAGCUGCAUGUGUUUCCCGCCGUUCAGCCGCCACGGCAUGAUAUGGAAGAGGAAAAACUUCCGGAUAUGCCUGAUUACAUUGCUAAUUGCACAGUGAAGAUGGAUCCACUGGGAUCAAGUGAUCUAAAGAAUCCCCUGGACAGCAACUUAUUCCAAAAUGCACUUAAGCAGAAUCCCAAAGUUUACUUAGUACAAACACUCGAUAUGCUGAAUGAGAAAGAGGCACCUCCCUCAAUGAAUGACGAUUCCUCGUUCAGUUACACGCCUUUGCUUUACUCAAGGGGGAAUCCAGGAAUCAUGUCUCCCCUUGCAAAAAAGAAGCUUUUAUCGCAGGUGAGUGGGGCCUCGCAGCCUGGUAAUCUCCCCUAUGGUUCACCACCUCCCUUAAUAAACAAAAAAAAAUUAAGCUCUAAAGGUGAAGUAUCUCCGUCUUUGUUACAGACUCAUCAUUCGUCCAAUUCGGAAUCUGUUGCCAUAAACAGGCCUUCUGUUAUUCAGCACGUGCAAAGUUUUAAGCAAAAAAGCCCAGAGGAGAAGAAGACUGUGAACGACCAUUACAAAAACAGUAUGUUCGGCAAAGUAGACUCUUACUGCUGUGAUUUUGCAAAACAUCAGCAGAGCGUUCUGGCUGACUCUUACGCGCUCAAGGCCAGCAUACAGGAGUGCAAAGAGAAAAUGGCAGAAAAAAGAGCCGCGUCAAACUCAAAUGUGCCUAGUUUUUUGGCUGAAUUUUAUUCCUCCCCCCACCUGCACAGGCUGUAUAGGCAAACGGAACACCAUCUUCACAAUGAGAACUCUGCAAAGUUUCACUCCCGGGAAAUGUUUAGGGACUUGGAAAAUGUUUCUUCUUCACACAAACUCCAUUACCAUGCUUCUUUGCACCAACACGACAAACAGAAUUUGUGCGAUAUUGUAGAUGACCAGCCCACUGAUUUGAGCCUUCCCAAAUCUCUGCACAAACUCGCCACAAGAAUACCAGGGUCUUCUAUUGCCCACCAUUCUGUACAGCAAGAUGCCAAAAGCCACAAUCCAUUUCACACUCCAAACAGCAAAACCCUUGGUGUGGACUGCACUCCGAAAGCCUGCAGGGUUUCGCCAAUGACCAUGUCUAUGCCCAAAAGAAAUAUGGAUUCCAUUCACAGGCCUUCAAAGACUUUAAAACCCGAUACUGUAAGAAAAGUGGAAGGUUUAGUCCAUCCAUUCUCUAUUGGUAAAACCAGCACUCAGAACUUUGGGCCUCCUCGAUCCCUCAAAAGAAACUUGGAGGACUUGGACCACCCUGUCACUGAGAAAAAAAUAAGAGCUGUAUCUCCACUCAGCUUGCCAAAGGAAAUGUCUGGGAAAGAGACAUUUGUUGGUCAAGACGGGGAAAGCAGCAAAUCAGUGCAUGAUAUUCAUUCUGGUAGCAUGAUGGAAAGCCACAAAUACCCCCUUUCAUCACCUGUCUUUCCUGGCAUGUACCCCGGAAGCUUAUGUGGUGGUUUAAGUUCUCGCAUACCAACUGCUUAUUCUCACCCUUUGCAGUACUUGAAAAACCAGACUGUGCUUUCCCCCCUUAUGCAACCUUUGGCUCUUCACACCUUCAUGAUGCAAAGACAAUAUCUGACUAACUCUACUAACUCUCAGCAGCUGUACAGACAAAUUGCUUCAGGUGCACCAGUAGGCUCUUCCUAUGGAGACCUACUACACAACAGCAUUUAUCCCUUAACUGCCAUCAACCCCCAGUCUCCAUUCCCUUCCUCUCAAAUGUCUUCUGUACAUCCCAGCACAAAACUUUAAAUGCCCCUUCUUCGCAAAGUCAUUGUUAAUACUUUUAGCUACAUUCCUUACCCAGCAAGACUUCUUGGUCAUCAAAGCCCCGUCGCAACCGCAACUCCACUUCUUAAACGUAUAUGUUAGAAGUAAGAACGGGGGUACAUUUUAGUCCCGGUUUUUGUUGGCUUGAAUCCUUAUUUUUGAAAUCGUGUAAAUGUUACAUAUUCUUUCUAUUUUGCACAUCACUUUUAUGUUUCCAGUAUCAUCAUGCCCAGAGAACCUUAGACCAGUUUGUCAGGCCGAUAUCAUUUUGGGAAACUGUUAGCUCACAAUCACUCUGAAGGUAACGCUCCGAGCAUAUUUUGUUUGUGUUAUUUUUUUGACUGUUAAAGGUUCAAUCAAUGCAAUGUAUAGUUCCAAGCCAAUCAUUUUAUUAAUUUUAACACUAUAAAGGAAGAAAAGGUAAACACUGUUCAAAUGACUGUACAUAUCUCCUCUUACAAAUACCAGUGUCACUGUCGUUUCACCUAAUUUAUAUGUAUUAAUCUUUCAGUUGAUUCUGUGCUUUUUUUUAUUUUUAUUAUUUUUUUUUUUUUUUUUAUUAAACAAUAUCGUGUCAACUGCAA